UCAUAGGUUAUAGGUGAGGGGUUAAGUUUUCUGUGGCGGCGUGGCGCGUGGACAGUUCCUGCAGUCGGGAGGUCCAACAUUCAUUUAUUUACACCACAAACAAUCGAUACAUACGUACUGCGGACUUUGUCAUCGCUCUGAAAGCUUCUUCUUGACGGCUAAGUCAGGUUAAAGGUUGUCCAACGUUAGUAUCGACCAGCAGUCUUGUCUCGGGCACAAAUCUACACCACAAUGGCGGACCAAGCAGACGUGCGGCGGACCUGGCAGACGGCAGACGCCGUGUGUUUUGACGUGGACAGUACAGUUAUCACGGAGGAGGGUCUGGACGAGCUGGCUAACUACUGCGGAGUAGGGGACAGGGUCGCACAGCUUACUAAAGAAGCCAUGGGGAAUGGUAUGUCUUUCCGUGAAGCCCUGACACUACGGCUGGAGCUCUUCAAACCCAGUCUGCAGACGGUACAGAAGUUUGUGCAGGACCAUCCUCCUAAACUCACACCUGGGGUCAAGGAGGUGAUCUCACUGCUGCAGAAGCGAGGCACGGCCGUGUAUCUUGUCUCAGGUGGCUUCUUCAGAAUCAUAGAGCCGAUAGCCCAGCUGGUGGGGGUUCCCACGGAAAACAUAUUUGCCAACAAACUCUUGUUCAAUGACCAGGGGGAGUAUGUCACCUUUGACACGGACCAGCCCACCUCAGCUUCGGGGGGGAAGGCAAAGGUGGUACAGCUUCUGAAAGACACUCAUGGAUACAAGAGGGUUGUUGUUGUUGGUGAUGGUCUGACUGAUGCUGAAGCCUGCCCUCCUGCGGAAGCGUUUAUCGGCUUUGGAGGAAACGUUCUCAGAAAGAGUGUCCAGGAGAAGGCCAAGUGGUUUGUGACCAGCUUUACUGAACUGGCAGAACCUCUGCAGUCCUGACCAAACCAAGCUGAAGAUUCACUAUCAUCAAAUUAAGGCCACACCAAUUUAAUUUGUUGUUUCUCGGAUUUUUUUCUGAAAAAAAUCAGCAGCGACAGGGCCAAAAAAAAAGAGAAAAAA